AUGUGCUCCAAAGAGGCUGUCUGCAUUCUCCAAAGCCUUUGUUACGCAACUAGCAUAGUCUUGGUGGUGGAGAAAGAGGCAAGCCAGCUCAAGAGGGACCACAUUCAAAGUGUAUAUGAGAAAAUUGCUCCUUACUUCAAUGAUGCAAGCUACAGGGCACAGCCAAAGGUGCAGGAGUUCAUUUCAGAGCAGGAACCAGGCAGCCUGGUUGCUGACAUUGGCUGUAGAAAUGGAAAAUACUUUCACAUCAACUCUCAAGUCUAUAAACUGGGCUGUGACUGCUCUUUCCCGUUGGUGGAAUCAGCACAAGAUGAAAGCCAUGCAGUAAUGGUAUGCCAGCUGGGGCUGCCUUAUUGAAGUGAGUGCUUUCAUACUGUCCUGUCCAUUGCUGCAAUUCACCAUUUUUCAACUGAAGAGAGACGCAUGCAAGCGCUUAUAAAAGAGAUGGCUCGCAUCUUGAGAGUGGGAGGCCAGAUAAUGAUGUAUGUGUUGGCAACAGAGCAAAACUAGAGAAGAUUUGAAAAGCAAGACGUCUUUGUUCCCUGGAAUCCUUCACCUCCUUCCUGCUCCUUGGAAAAGGCUGAAGCGUGGAAAAUCUUGGGAAAAUCUCCUUAUUGA